CACCAAACAAACUAAGGUGUGUUUAGUUCAUUGUAUACCAUCAACAUCCCCCUGUAAAGUGAAAAGUCACUCUCAUCCCUGCCCCCAUGGGUGUCAUUGUUAGUUCCGCAGCUGAUAGUCUGCACAUGCAUACGUUUGCUGUGUCACACAUCAGAAUGUGUCUGAUUUAAUCCAGCAAACCUCACUGUCCACGUCCCCCUCCCCCCAUUGCAGAUAAUCUCCUUAGACUUGUCACAAGGGUAUCUUUCUUAUCUUUGUGUGCCCAGAGGCAGAGAUAACCCUGAAAUGAAAAGAGGUAGCAGAGAAAUGAGAAAAAAAAAAAAAAAAGAAAACCCAAGGAGCAGAUGUGCUAAGUGCUGUGGUUUCCAAGGGCUGCUAGCUGGUUGUGGGGCUCGCCAGAAAAAAGAAGAGAGUCACUUAUUCUAGAAGGGAGAUCAGAACUGAAUUGACUGCCUAGAAGUAGGGGAGGCAGUGGGAGUGAUGCAAGAGAAACCCGUCUUUCCAUUCCAGAAUGUAAUUUGCUAAGAGCCACCACUUGCAUUUCAUAUGCAAAUGAGGAGGCUUCCCGGAGGCUGGGCUGGGUUGGGCUGAGCAGCAGGGAUUCGGUACUGCGCGGGGCUGCCUGCCGACCAGAGCCGGUUGGGAAGGCAUCAAAUCUUCAGCCAGCCCCAAAGAGGAUGGACAAGACACUGAAGCCAACGACAGAGGAGGAUUAAAGGACCCGAGGAAAGCAAGCCAGCCCUCCCGGGGAAGCUGUCGAAAUUCAAGAUUGCAAGAGAAGUCAUUUCAGCCUGUCACACUUGUGGUUUUGGGGACGAGGAUCAAUUUCUCAAUCUCUGAAGAGAGAUUCCUUUCCUGGGGAAGUGAAAAUAAUGAACUUUUGGAGGCAUUACUUUUUGGCUAUCAGCGGGCUCAGUGUGGUUUCUUUGGUGAUAUUUUACAAUAGCCAGGCAAGCCUACCCAAAAAUUGGCGAAAGGGUUCCAGCAAAAGGUCUUUUGGGAUUGAUGCCUGCAAUCUCACCUUAGAAAAGAAGGCCACCUUUCUGCGGGAAAAGACACUGCCAUCAUCUUUGGGAAGACUUCCUUGCAACGACUAUGUGACCCAGAGUCACUACAUCACAAGCCCCCUGUCGGGAGAAGAAGCUGCGUUCCCUUUGGCAUUUGUCAUGGUAAUUCAUAAGGACUUUGAUACUUUCGAAAGGCUCUUCAGGGCCAUCUAUAUGCCCCAAAAUGUCUACUGUAUUCAUGUGGAUGAAAAAUCCUCAAAUGAGUUUAAAAAAUCAGUGUGGCAGUUACUGAGCUGCUUCCCAAACGCUUUUCUGGCUUCUAAGAUGGAACCCGUGGUCUAUGGUGGGAUUUCCAGGCUCCUGGCGGAUAUCAACUGCCUGAAAGACCUGGAGGCCUCUGAGGUCCCCUGGAAGUACGUCCUCAACACCUGCGGGCAAGAUUUCCCCCUGAAAACCAACAAGGAAAUAAUUCAGUAUCUGAAAGGAUUUAAAGGGAAGAACAUUACCCCAGGGGUGCUGCCCCCCGCUCAUGCUGUGGGUCGGACCAAGUAUGUCCACCGAGAGUACAUAAGCAAAAAAGGUUCUUUUGUAAAAAAUACUAACAUUUUGAAAACCUCACCUCCACAUCAAAUGACCAUCUACUUUGGCACUGCUUAUGUGGCCCUUUCCAGGGAGUUUGUCAGCUUUGUUCUCCAUGACCCCAGGGCUGUUGAUUUGCUCCAGUGGUCCAAAGACACUUACAGCCCUGAUGAACAUUACUGGGUGACACUCAAUAGGAUUCCAGGGGUUCCUGGUUCUAUGCCUAACGCCUCGUGGACCGGUAACCUCAGAGCUGUGAAGUGGAUUGACAUGGAAGAUAAACACGGAGGCUGCCACGGCCACUACGUACAUGGCAUUUGUAUCUAUGGCAACGGAGACUUAAAGUGGCUGAUGAAUUCGCAAAGCCUGUUUGCUAACAAGUUUGAGCUCCAUAAGUAUCCCCUUACCGUGGAAUGCCUAGAACUGAGGCUUCGAGAAAGAACCCUCAAUCAGAGUGAAACCGCCAUACAGCCCAGCUGGUAUUUUUGAUCAGCAGCUCACGUCUGCAGGGGAAUUGCAGUUGGACAGAAGAGCCCUUCUUUGCAAGAGAUGGUUUCAGGACCACAGUCAUGGCUUCAGGACCUGGCCACAUAAUUAUGCUUAAAAUAUCCACUGGACACUGUGAAACACACGACAGGAUGGCUGGGCAGAGUGAUCCCAGCCCUUUGGCUGGUUUGGCAGCUUCUUGUUGCUCACCUCUGGGUUGGACUAUUCCUACGAUCAAUGACAAAUUUAAAUACCAUCGGAUCUUUGCACCAGAUACUCAUAAUAUAAAUAUAUUCUAAUAGAAAGUAGGAUGGUAGAUAAUCCUAUUUAGGACAAAAAAAAGAAUUCAGUUUCUUUAAAAAAAAAAAAGGACUUGCAUGCACAAGUCCCUGGGUUCUAUCCCCAGCACGGCCAAAAAAAAAAAAAAAGAAUCCUCUAUAACAUCUUAAUGGUCUUUACUCUGUGCAUAACCACACAUGGGCCCAGAGACAGCUUUCUGGGUAACACAACAAUUUGUUCUAAACAAAAAUAGAUCUUGUUCAUGAGUUUCCACACUAAUAUUUUCAGUUUACCCAUGUCUGAAGUUCUGUAUAUGGUGUAAAGCCAUUAACGAGACAGAGGAUGUGCUUUAAGAUAGGAGUCACCGUCCUCUGCUUCAGGGAAAGGACCUUGCGGGCACAUAAUGUUUCUCCAUCUUAUGCCAGAACAUUCUUUGAUCUUUCUUGCAUGUUUUUCACUGAGAACACUGAAAAGUCCUCACAAGAAUGAAGGCAUUCCUAGAGGUGCUGUUACAUGAGUCUCGUCUCAAGUUGGAAAUACCUCAGAAUGAAUUACUUCUUCUGUGGCUCCCUUCCCCCCAAAUUAUCCUACUUGCAAAACAGACACCAAAUUCUGCAAGGCUUUUAACUACACUGUGCUAUUCUCUGAGUGGCUGUACACUGCUUGGUGUUGAUGGGAGUGCCUUGAUUUUUAAAGGCUUUUAAUUGUGGGUGACUGAGUGUCAUUUAUUCCUCACCCAUUCAUUCAGCCUGCAUUCAGGGAAUAGUUCUUGAGCAUUUAUGAUCCUUUAGACCCAUGCUGAGACAAGAAGAAAAUGAAGAUGGAAGGUUCUUAAAACCUUGGGAAUAACGUUAAUAAUGAAAAGCCUGGUCUGGAGAAGCUUACAAAGUGUUGUAUUGAACACAUCCCUAGGCGCAGUUAACUAUUGUGGAAUCAGGCCAAGGAAAUCAGUAAUCACAAAAUGAGGGUUAAAUUAGAGAUCAUUUGAAAGAGAGGAGGAGGAUACAGAAUCUGAAGCGAGUAGCGUUCUAAGCAUUCUGCUGGCUCCUCAAUAUGUCUCCUUUCAUCUACCCUCAUGGGAGUCUCAUGAGGGCAGCCUGAGCCACCCCCAUUUUGCAGAUGAAGUAACUGAGGCUUGGGUUAAUCAGCAUUAGUAAGCACAUUCUUUGUCUGAAAAUUGGGAUUCUCUUACUGGCCCUCAUUUCCUGAGCUGGCAUAUUGAGAGAAGAUAAAAUAAAAUGAAAUGAAGCCAUAUUUACUAUACCAGAGAAGGUAGAUUUUAAGCAUGAUCUCAGUGUUAAUAUUGAGAAAAAGUUCUGGCACCUCAGAAAGAUGUGAAGUCUACUCUAGUAUUCCUCUAAUCCACUGAAUUCCUAAAUAUUUAUUUAUUCUAAUGAAAACAAUAACUACAACAGAUGAUAGAUUUAAUUAACACAAUUUUAUUUUUUUUCUAUAAUUGUUCCUAUUGAAUGUUAAUCAUAUUUAAAGGGAAUGACUAUGAUAAAACUUUAUUUUUCCUGUUACUGAAAAAAAAAAAAAAAAAAAAGGAUCUGUAUUGGGCAGUAAAGGGUCGAAGGGUAGGAAACACAUCCAGGGUCAAGAGUGAAGUCUAAAAAUGGUCUCUUUUCAACUUGUUAGUUAAGUGAAACACCUGAGAAGAAGAACUGUUUUACACUGGAUCUUACUCAUAUAGAAUGAGAUGUUUUUCUGGAAUAGAAGAUGUUUACACGUCCCUUGCUGGUCAUCUCUCCUAUAGCUUCAAUAAUCUUGGAAGAGUGGAGUGGAGUGUUCGAGCUAGUAGAUUUCUGCUAGCCCAUCGAGAAGCCCUGAAACUACUGUAGCCAUGUUUGUUUUUGAUAAUGUUCUGGUUUUUUUCUUGGAAAUAAAUUAAUAUAUUGUUUUACA